CUUCAUUGUUCAGCACAUAUGUACUCUUACCAAAGAAAGUUGUACUUGUUCAUGCUCUUUUCGUUUCUUUAGUUAUCUAUCUACAAGCAUCCGCCAUGGCUCUCUCUAAGCUUUUACCUGUUUCCCUUAUUCUCUCUUUUCUCCUUCUCCAGCACCUUAUUGAAGACAAUCAAUUGGUAUCUUCAGAGGGACUACAUGGUUCUCUUACCGUUGAGAGGAUAGAUUGCAAUGAAGCAUGUGACGUAAGAUGCAGCAAAACAUCACGGCCGGACCUAUGCAAGAGAGCAUGCGGAACAUGCUGCCAACGAUGCAACUGCGUUCCACCGGGCUAUUCCGGCAACCAACGAGCGUGUCCUUGUUAUUACAACCAAAUCACCCAUGGUGGCAGACGCAAGUGCCCUUAAUCACAUCAACAACUUACUUACAAUUCUAUAUCUGUAUCACAUUAGAUAUAUAGGUUAUUUCAUAAUUGAGAUUAUAUUUAUUUUGUUUGAUAUAUAAUAUGCCAGAUACAAGGAGAAUGAUAAAUUCAUAAAUAUUUAAAUAAAAACUUAGCAUAUUGUACUAGUUGA